GAAGCAAUAGACAAGAGACAAAGCUCUUGAGUUAACACACUUAAACUAACCAGACUCCCAACACUUGGACGCAGGACAAAGUCAGUCUUCUUUUUUUCCUAAGAUGGGGAAAAUUUUGAUUUCCACCACCUACCUAAUGCUGAUCCUGUCCUGUGUGGAGUCGUGCUUUCUGCUGAGAUCUCUCUACGUAAUUGUACCUGAAAUAAUUCCACCUGGAUACCAAGUAGCAAAAGUUGAAACCGUCGGCUGUGAUGCAAAAUCAGUGCAGUUAACCGUGAAGGACCCGAGUUUCACAAUAAAAAGUAACGGAGCAGUCGUAGCUUUAACGUCUGUCUCAGUGGGAGAAGGAGGAUGGACAUUUUCUGUGUGUGCUCAGGACAAGACUGAACGGGAAAGAAAGAUGGAAGUUCACCUUGUCCGCAGUACAAUGCCGAAAAGACACCGACGAGGCCAAGGCUCCCUGAUCCGCUCUAAAAGACGGGCCUGUCGUUUUCCGAUGUCUGUAGUCGAGAAUUAUGAAGGGAACUAUCCAAUACUCCUUGAGAAGCUGGUGUCAGAUCCCUCAGCAAGCCAUGAUAUGUACUUUACUAUUGAAGGAGAAGGAGUCGAUACGUAUCCAACUGGAGUGUUCAGUCUGGACACAGACACGGGGGAUCUGCUCUUGCUCAAAAAAGUGGAUCGUGAGGAGUUCCCAGAAUAUAAUGUGAGUGUGAAGAUGACGCUGAUUUAGAAGAUUUGUAAAGAGUUCCAAUAAUGUUCCACAGUCAUCUUUAA